AUGUCUGCGACCUCAAGUACACCAAGCAUAGCACCCGAAAAUGCGAGGACAGUGAUGCUACCGCUCAAGAAGCUAGAAAAGUGUAGCGUUUGUCAGAAAACUGACGGUCUCCGUUUAUGUUCUGCGUGCGGAGAGAAAGUGUACUGCGGCUCUGAAUGUCAGACGAACGACUGGGCUGAACACAAAAAGCAGUGUGGGAAAACCGAUAGGAUCAACCUUUCGUCGUUCUAUCCGCUGCUGGCUUGCAUGUUAGCGGCUCCUCACCUUGACCCUGACAAGCCAAAACACCCAGCAUUGACUCACAAGAUAUUGAACGAGCCAAAUCCAAGCAAUCGCCACGGGGUGUGCGGUUUUCCGGACGGAUAUCAGUCUCGUUUGGUGGUGUUGGGCGACUCAUGCGACCCGUCGCUGAUCUGGAGUAACCUCGAAGCUUGGUGGCCCACAGCAGAGUCUCCCAAGGUUCGCGGGAAGUUGUUCCAGCGCUUCCUAUACGAAGGGUACCUCUUGCCUCACCUCGUCUCCAUGUGCUUUGCCCUACUGGCGGAGAUGUACACGACCACCUCUGGACCUGGUAAACGUCGCAUACGCCUCCAGUACUCCAGUUCGCCUAUCGCAGACUUUGGAAUCGUGAAAGGCGCUGUUGAAGUCAAGAACCAGGACAAAUUCUCCUAUUUCCUUGCUGACGAGCAGAAGUUCAUGCAUGGCCAAAAUCCGGAAGACCACUACUGGGUGUAUUUCACGACCAUCCGCGGCGAGGAGGUCCUUCUGGAAUGCGGCAUGUUCGUGUUCAAUUUCUGCACGAUGGUCGGCAACCUGGAUCCAUACCUCAAGCACGGUUUACCCCCACUAGAUGCUGUCCCCGCCCAUCUGGUCAACCGCGAGUUCCGACGUUUGGCGCCAAGCUUGCACUACGAAAAGGAGCGAUUUUCUGUUCUCCGGGACGUCGAACUGGGCGAGGCGGUGCGCUGCAGUCGGGAAUACUUGAGGCCUCAGGAUUCCAGGGCAAUUGUCGGGUUCAUGGAGAAAGUCGCUGGAAGGACCUGUAGCGCAGUCGAGAAGGAGAUUACCCUGUCGUGGUGUAUGCACCUGUGUGAAGUACUCCAUGCCAAUCUCGAGGCGCAGGAGUACAGGAACUUCCCACUAAACCCCUCCCUCGCUAUUUUCGACGAUCCUGGAGAGCUCGACUUUGACACGCCAGAGGAAGACGAGCAAUGGUUCAGGUAUAUGGUCAAAUGGAACAGAAAGCAGCGGCGCGGAGAGAUCACGGCGGAACAGCUUGGCCAGGUCUUUCGAGCUUACAAGGAGGCGCCUGAUAAUGUCCGCGAGGAGUUGGCAAGGCAUCCUUCAAGGGCACUCAACUUGAGGAGAUCCAGGCGCGAUAUCAAUAAGCGUAUGUAG